UAGGGGGAGGGAGGGUUGUGAAUGCUGUUCUCUGCUGGUUACUGCAGGGACCUUUUGUGCCCUUUUGACAGUACCUCAGGUGGCAGCUGCCAGCACAAGUACGAGGCAGCAGGGAGCAAGCUGCUCCUGAGUGUCCCACCUGGUAUGGGUGAGGAGGGGAUGGGGGGAGGGCAGGUCUUCAGUGGGAAGAACUGAGCAUAGCUUGACUGGAUGGGGAGGGGGCAAGAUAGGGUGAUAAGGAGAGGAGGUAUUGGGGGUGGUCUCUGCUUCUUAAACUCCUUAAACAUGAGUGAAUCAGUCCCUCCCACAGCAGUGCCCUGAUCUGGAUCCUUUAGCACCUAUGAAGUGUCUGUCUGAGGACAGGGCUAGGGGCUGAGCUGGAGUGAUUCCUUCUAGUAAGAGAAGCCACUUGCUACAGCUGCUGACAGGGCCGGGAAGCUUUGCAGCCUCUACACAAGCCAACUGCAGGUGGCCCUUGUAAGCUGGUGAUCACCUAGCAUUUCUCACUGCUUGUGAAGUAGGCCUUUAAGUCAAACAGUUGCAAGGAGACCCACAGGGCUGGGUGAAAAUAUGCAAGGACUGGAAAGAACUAAAAAAAAGAAAGAGUCAGUGAAGACAGAACUUAAAGACGAACAGAAGAGAUUCUUACAACAUAACUUAAAAGAUGAAAUGUCUAAAAACAAUUUGUUUUUGAUUCCAAAAGAUCUUAAGGGAAACGAUUUUUCCUCUGACCAAGAUGAUCAAUGUAACCCUCCUCAAGUACUUAAACAGCCUGCUGUUUCAUCAUCUAAACAUUCUAAUAAUGCCUAUCCUUUUGCAUCCAGUAAAUAUGUUCUUGACCAUAGUUGUCCAGCAACUGACCUUGAAUAUGAUCCAUUGCUAAAUUAUUCUGCAGGCUUACUUAGCUCUUCUUUAGCAAAAGAGGAUGAAAAUGACAAACAGCAAUUUCAGCAAGUGAAAGCAUCUCCUUGUGACAAUCAACAGAUGUUUUUGGAGACUGUAUUUGAAAACAAACCUGGUUCUCCAAAGAAGAGAGCAAGGAGCUCUUCACCUAUAAAACUUGAAAUAAACCUUCAAGAAUCUGAUGAUGAUGAUGUUCUUGUAAUUGAUGUUCCUCCAUUGACUCUCACUAAGAAGCCAAAAAUAAGUAGGAGCUAUAAAAAAUUGGAAUGGGAAGAAAAAUGUGCUUUUGUAACCCUUGCAGAUAAUCUGCAGAACAGAGACAGAGCAGAAGAAUGCAAGUAUGCAGAAGAAAAAAGAACAUUGGGCAGUGGAGGUCUACAGAAAGAUAACGAGGGUUUAGGCCACACUGAAGAAACACUGAAAAUGUCAUCAAAAACUCAAAGCACAAACUUUCUGGAUGUGAAAAUCGAUGUUUUAAAGGUUUCUAAUAACCUCCAGGAACACAGAAACACUCUUACUAAUUCUACUGAAAAUAACAUGCCUUCACUUUAUCAUACUGUGGUAGGAAUGCAGAAAGAGACAUUGAAUACAGGUAACACACAGACUGAAAUAUCCGUGAAAACAUCUAAUGUUAAAGAACAUACUAAUUACAACUUCCCAAGCACCCGAAGUAUGGUGCAGAGAAGAUGGUGUUCUGAAGAUAUUUUAAAAGAUAAAUCUGCAGUAAACCAGGGUAUUCCUAAGAAAUUAUCAGAAAAUACAAAUGAAGCUCUGCGUAGCUGGGAAAAUGGGAGACAUAAACUGCUGGACAACAUAUCUAGCCAUCCAUCUGAUAAAUUACAUUUGUUCAAAGAAACUGGUCCUGAUACAGGUGUCUUAAUUAAAAACUUUAAGGAAGGAAGUGAUAGUUGUAGGAUUCAAGCUAACAUCAAAGAAAGUGAAAUAAUUGUAUUAGAUUCUUCUUCUGAAGAGAUGGAUUAUAGUGAAGAGGAUUCAUCAGUCUCUGAAUCAGAUGAUCCCACAGAAGAAUGCCGGAGAAUUUUCAAUGAGUUUGUUGAAAGUGAAGCACUGAAGGAGAAGAUGGCUAACCAGGCCCAUGGAAUAAAUACUGAAGCUGAGGCAUUGGAUUCCAAGACAAAUACAGGUUUUGGGCAGAAGAAAAGAAUUGCUCAUACUGCAAAGUUUGAUGUACAAACUAGCAAAGAAAUAAUUGUGCCUUUUAAAGCACCUCCUCCACAGCAGGCCAAUGCCAGAAUCCUGCAGGUACAGCACCAGGCAGCGCAGAUGAUAGCUGCUGUUAAGAGUGGCCAAGCUUUUGUUGCUGCAACUUCUGGGCAGAAGAAAAAUGUGUCUGGAUCAUCAAUGACUCAGAGUCAAAGUGUAGGAUCAAUGGUCUCUUUAAAUAUGCUUGAAGUUCAGCCUGUUGCAACCAGUCAACUGAAUGUGGUUCUACAAGGAAAUCCUGUAAUGGGAAUGCCAUACAGAUCUUCUACUCUCUCGGUAAAAAGGACUGCACCCAUGCCUAUGAAGGUUUCUACACGGAGGCGGCCUUCUGUAGUUCCAGAAUCCGGAUCCAAAGUAUCACAUGACACAAGGCAACGAUAUGUCAACUUCUUUGUUGAAGAAUAUAUGAAAAUUUGUAGAACAGUAAAUGAAGCAUUUGACAAGGCAUUGGCUGAGGAAAAGGCAAUUUAUGACCGUUGUGGCAGUAAAAAUAUGUAUCUGAAUAUUACUGUGAACACGCUUAAAAAGCUGAGGGAUCACGGUAGCCUCUCUUCCAAUGGGCAAGCUAGUGGCAGCAGAUCUACCAAUGCAAAUGGAUCCGGAAAGUCAGAAGAGAAAAAUGAUCUUACAGGAAUUGUUCUCUAUAGACUACUGAAAGACUACAUCCUGACUGACGAACAACUAAAUGUAAAUCAUUUCCCUCAACCAAAUCCUGAAAAGCCUGGCAGUGCUAUAUUGAACGGAGUUACAAAAACAGCUGUAUCUGACUCUUGCAAAAGAACAUGCUGUAGAUGUGGAAAAAUAUAUGCUGUAACUUCUUCAGGAAAGCAUAUUCGUAAAGAAGAAUGCAACUACCAUUUUGGUAGAGUACAGAGGCAUAAAGUUCCUGGUGGCAUGGAAUCCCGCUACAGUUGUUGUGAAGGAGUUGUGGGGUCUCCUGGAUGCCAAGUUGUAAAGCUCCAUGUCCAUGAUGGGCGAAAGGAAAACCUAGAAGGCUUUAUGAAGACCUUUAUCAAACCACCUCCACCUGAUGGGAACCAUGGGGUGUAUGCACUGGACUGUGAGAUGUGUUACACAACACAAGGCCUGGAGCUUACUAGAGUGACAGUGGUAGAUCCCAACCUACAGGUUGCCUAUAAUACAUUUGUUAAACCUGAUAAUGACAUCAUAGACUACAACACAAGAUUUUCUGGAGUCACAGAAGAGGACCUGAAGAACACUACAACAACUAUUCGGGAUGUACAGGCCAUCUUGUUAAACUUGUUCAGUGCAGCUACUAUUUUAAUUGGUCACAGCUUGGAAAGUGAUUUAUAUGCUGUUAAGCUAUUCCAUAACACUGUUGUGGACACAUCGAUAGUGUUUCCUCAUCGGCUAGGUUUGCCUCAUAAAAGAGCACUUAAAAAUCUAACGGCUGACUAUCUCAGAAGAAUUAUUCAAGAUGAUGUUGGUGGUCAUGAUUCUAGUGAAGAUGCUGCUGCUUGUAUGGAACUAAUACUUUGGAAAGUAAAAGAAGAUAAUAAGGGUAGAAAGUGGUGAUCUCUUCACUUCAAGAAUGACAGAAGAAAUGUGAAACUACUUACUCUUCCAUAACUUUCCAGUCCCACUCCCUCAUGCAAUGGGCAACAGAUGAUACUAGGAGAACCUUUUUUUCUGUUACUUGUUCACAUUUGAAACUUGUAUUAAAAGACCAAAAUGCUGUAAUUAUGCUUCAUAUCCCAUGUGUAACUUACUCAUUGUAUCUAUAAGUACUUCUGUAUAAGAAUGUUAAAGCUUUGGGUGUUGACUCUUAAGGAA